CAGCUAUCUUGCUUACCACCAUGGGCACGGCCAUGAAGUCAGAAAAGCAGGCUCUUCUUCAGUUUCCGUUUUCCGGCAUUGGAGAACUACAGGAAAACAGACGUAAUCGCACCUACCGAGUUCGAUUGGCCUUCUUUCUUUCACUUUUCUUUGCUGCAUUCAUCUAUCUAUGCCGUAAUUCACGAUCCGUGUUCGAGGCAGAAUUACUGCAUGAGGACCUAGGCUAUGCCCACAUCGCAGAGAGUAGUCUUUCCACUGAGGAACGCGAGGCUCUGUUUCUGUCUUUUCUAGAUGGGAAGCGCGCAGAAGAGACGUCAAAGUUGUAUUCCAAGCAUCCUCAUCUUGCUGGAUCUCCUGAGGAUUUCGAAGAUGCAAAGUCGAUUCUUAAACUCUUCCGCUCAGAAUUUGACAUCCCCGAGCCACACACGGAGCCCAUUUUCCCUGCUGGUUCGAAGGCGUCCCGAUUGUCUACCCUUAGUCUAACUUCGCCCUUGGGAAGCAGCAAACCAUCGGCGUGGAUUGACGUAUACUACCCUGUUAUGAACACUCCGUUAGACCGAAGUUUGGAUAUUCUUGGAGAGGACACCCGUUCGGUAUGGAGUGCCGAUCUCACGGAGGACGGUAACCCUUUGGACGAGGAUGCAGCCAAGUACAGGGACUCUGUUCCAGCAUGGCAUGGGCUGAGCGCCGACGGAGAAGCUAUGGGACAACUUGUUUACGUUAAUUACGGAACGAAAGAGGACUAUGAUGAACUCGUAGCGGCUGGCGUCGACUUUACGGGAAAAAUCGUUAUAGCUCGUUACGGUAAAGUGUAUCGAGGUCUGAAGAUUGAACUAGGAGAAGCGCUCGGUGCUGUCGGAGCGCUCAUCUACUCAGACCCUCGUGACGACGGUUUCGUGACCGUCGAGAAUGGAUACGCUCCAUACCCCAAUGGCCCGGCCAGAAAUCCUUCUUCAGUCCAACGGGGCAGCGUCAUGUACCUUCCACUGUAUCCCGGAGACCCGACGACCCCGGGAUAUCCUGCUUAUGAGGGAGCGGAGCGAACGAAUGCAACAAAUAUUCCGAAGAUCCCUAGUUUGCCUAUUUCUUGGCACAAUGCACAGAGACUGCUUGAGGAGAUUGACGAUAGUGUGAGCCCAAGACUUACAGGAAAGCUCAGUUCGUCUACGAUCAAGCUGGUCAAUCAUGUUGAUACGAAGGUGACUCCGAUAUGGAAUACCAUGGCUGCAAUCCCUGGUCACGUAAAGGAUGAAGUUGUUUUAAUCGCCUGCCAUCGUGAUGCAUGGGUGCUUGGAGGUGCUGAUCCUGUCAGCGGGACCGUUUCGCUCACUGAGGUAAUUCGUGGAUAUGCCGAGUUGCUUCGUGACGGAUGGAAACCCCUGCGUACGGUUGUGUUUGCUAGCUGGGACGCAGAGGAGUACGGUCUUAUUGGCAGCGUUGAAUAUGGCGAGGACUUCUCAUCUUGGAUUUCCAAACACGUCGUUGCUUAUAUCAACGUUGACGUCUCCUCGUCUGGAUCCAGCUGGAACGUGGCAGGGUCGCCUGCUCUAGCUCCUUUGAUCAAGCAAACAGCUUUGGACAUCCCUCACCCUACUAUACCUGGCAAGAAAUUAUGGGAUGCUCGAGACGACGAAGGCCCCUUCCGUGAUGAUACAUUGUCCGUCAACAUGACUGCUGAUGUCAAUGUACUUAUGGACUACCAAUCGAAGAAGAAGGCCAAGACGGAGCUGGAUACUGGAGUUCUACCCUUGGGAAGCGGCAGCGACUACACUGUUUUCCUACAGAGAUUGGGUAUCCCAAGUACCGAUCAAGGAUUUGGCGGCACGCCUUAUGACGCACCAUACCACUACCACUCCAUCUAUGACAGCAUUCAAUGGCAGCAAGUUUAUGCGGAUCCUGGAUUUCACCGCCAUGUUGCUGUGGCCAAGCACCUUGGUCUGAUGGCCCUUCGUCUCAUUGAUUCAAUUAUAAUUCCCUUAAAUACUACUCAGUACGCUCUCGAACUGGACCAAUACCUGGACACCGUCGAAAGUCUGGCCAUGCAAGAGACUUCCUCGACAAUUGACUUCGGAAUCCUCCGAUCGACUAUCAGCAAAUUACAAGCUGCGAGUAAGGCCUUGGACGAGGAAAAGGAAGAUGCGGAGAAGACAUUUAAAGACCUCCUUGGGAAGUUACCUUCAUUCCCACAGCCUGGACGUGCCAUUUGUCGCCGCCGAAGUCCAUCAUACACGCGGGUGACCAAUUGGGUGAAGAGCGUAUUCGGUGUUCCUCCCCUUGAACCGGCAGAACAGCAAUCCACUACCAUCACUCCAGCCGAUAUUCCUAAGGUUCCCCCCAUCCUUGAGUUCUUGAAGGCUCAGAGACGCGUCAUCAAAGCUAAUAAGAAGCUCAUCUCCUUCGAACGGGGUUUCAUCUCAGAAGAUGGAAUCAAAGGCCGAGAGUGGUUCAAGCACCUAGGCGUCGCUCCUGGAAGAUACCUCGGAUAUGGUGCAACGACCUUACCGGCCUUGACUGAAGCCCUCUCUCUUGAAAAGAAUGUCACGUUGGCACAAGAGGAGACAUACCGACUAGUAUCACUUCUGGAUACGUUAGCAGAUAAUAUUACGCCUUGACAUCUAUCUUCCUUUCUAUUAGAAUGCUGAAAUAUAUCUAGAACGAGACAUGCGUUUCCUUGUUACCCAAUACAUCCACUUAGGCUGAACUCGACAAAGUUGACUUAUGAAGCGCAGUGGGCAGCAAUGACGGCAUAGCUCAAUACAUUCCGACGCAUUUUUUUCCAGCGUGUCUUUCUGUCGGUAAGAAAACCCUACUACUCUCCCGAUGAAAUGAAAAAAAAAAGAUCAAGAUAAAUAAUAAAUAUAUUGAAUCAAAAAUGUUACAUGGUGUCUAUGUUGGAUCCUUAGGUCAGGUCAGUCGCGACGAACAUUGCGAACAAACGGGGAUUUGGAACCUCACUGGCA